CUAAACAUGGACAGCCCUGAAGAGGUCUCCUCCCCUCUCCUCCACGCGAACACCCCCGACAUAGAACCUGAAGAUGAACGUCCCAUCACCCCUGAGCUCACCUUACCCGACCAGCCCUCCUCAUAUAACGGCAAUACCUCCCCUCACAUCAGUUAUGAACCUCCCUCCCCCAUUAACCUGCCCACUUUUGAUGACGAGGAACACUUUAAGGAUGAGGAGGAAGAGAAGCCCGGUCCCAGCAGUACACCGCACCCUGAGAAAACUCCAGCUAAGGAGACUGACUUCUACGAUCUCCCUGACGGUCUGAGUGACAACGAGGAACAGGCUCAGGGACAAGUUCAGCGAUCAGGGCUUAUCAACGACAUUUUUGGUGACUCUGACGACGAAGAGGAGAAGAGAGAAGAUGAAGGGGACGAAAAGACUGAUUUGACUUCAGCGACAGCCCCAACGGAAGAAGAGGGACAGAAAAAGAGGGAUGAUGACGAGGUGGACACAGACGAGGAGUUAGAGAUGCUCAACCGCAACGACAACCUCUUCGUCAGCGACUUUGACAUGAUGAUGGAGAAGAAGAAAGCAGAGAGAAAGAGAUCCAUGUCCAGAAGGAAGAAAGACGUGACGGACAUCAUCAACUCCUCAGACGACAGGAUAAUGUAUAUGAUCUCUCAAAUGAAGGAGGCAGCAGAGGAGGACCGCCGGUUAAAUCAGGCAGCUCAAGCCGCCGUCAACAAGCUCGGUCUCAUCAAGCUCGUCAUCAAGCAGCUCAACAAACACGACCUUCAGAACGCCUUUAUAGAUUGUGGCAUCCUGCCAGUCCUGGCGGAAUGGUUGUCUCCUCUCCCUGACAACAGUCUCCCGCACAUCACCAUCAGAACAGAGAUUCUCAAGAUCCUGCAGAUCUACCCCCAGAUUAACACCGACAUGUUGAAGCAGAGCAAGUUAGGCAGGGUCGUUAUGGGACUCUACAAGAACACCAAGGAGCGGUUCAGUAAUCGUGAAAUGGCCAGGAAGUUGAUCCACCAGUGGGCUCGGCCAAUAUUUGGGCUGAACAGUGAUUACAGUGCUCUGUCUAGGGAAGAGAGGGUAGACGCGGAUCUGAGACACAUGGUGAAGUCGAGGAAGCGGAGGAGGAAGACAGAAGAGGAGGUUAAACCGGAGGGAGAUAAACCUGGUGAUAAGAACUUUAUAAUGCGAGCCAGAGUGCCGGUACCUUCUAACACUGACUACGUUAUUAGACCCAGGUCUAAAGUAGAUGAUGAUGUGGUGAAGAGGAACAAAAAGCUCGCACCCAAGUUGGAACAGCUCAACAAGAAGUUAGCGAAUAAGAAGAAACUGAUUAAUCCUAACAACUUGAGGUCCUCUUCUGUGUGCCUGACAGGGAACAAGAUGCCGUUAUAGACACUAUUAUUGACACUGGGUAAAAGUGAUGUGAGCCAGAAAAUACAGCUUUGAAGUUAAAACGUGGUUGAUAAAGGGAGAUUUAUUGCAAAUAUAUUUGUUGCGAGAGACUGUCAUGAGAAAAUGUCACGAGAGACUUAUGCUUCGUUUACCAUUUUAAAGCUUACGACGUUGUUCGUAAUUUGCAAAUUAUGAGAGAGUUUGCUUAACAAAAAACACGCCCGUCGAAUUGGUUUUUUGGUUUUCAUUCGGGUUUCAACCUCCCCUGAUUAGCAAAUCUGAAAAUUAAUUGAUAUUAUUUAUUUGAACGUUAUAACGUAACGCGUUACCUGUUAUUCACGCCGUAUCGUUACUUCACUAGGUUAUUGACACUUUGGUCAACAAGUUUUCAUCUGGAAAAUGCAUUCUUGCUCCUCUUAAAUAAUGUGUAUCAUGACGUAUACAGUGCAGGAAAAUAAACAUUGACUAUUUCAACUCCUUUUUGAGAGGUUAUAGAUGACAGAACUGCUGAACAGUGUUUUUUGUACGUCUUAGUUUAAGGUUAAUUUUUGCCGCAGCUGUUCAUGUUGGUGGCUUUUUAAAAACAUUGAAUUACGUUAAAUUUUGUUAAAUUAGGUUAAAUUGUCACUAGUACACUGUUUGAACCCACAUGAACAGGAACCGUACAGUUAGUAAUGAUUUGUUUUGAUAAGUGAAUAAAAAGAAGCUAAUUUGAGACUAGUAUUAAAAUAUUAACUGUCUAACGGCAAAUUGUGUAUUUUGUCAGCUAUCACAGUAGAGCAGUUUCAAUUCUGUGCUCUCCGAAGAUUAACC